CACCCAUCUUAUUUCCACACAGAGCAGCACUGAAACAGAGCUCUCUCUCUCUCUCUCUCUCUCUCUCUCUCUCUCUUAAUGGUUUGGCCUUAAACCACCAUUAAAAAUAAAAAUAAAAAUAAAUGGCAGUUUCUUUCAACUCCGCAGUGGGUUUCAGUUCUACGUUGAGAGCCGAGUACCAGAAUUUGUCAAAAUCUUCAGCUGGAGCUUCAAUUCCAAAGGUCAGCCAAGUCAGGCCCUUCUUGGGAGCAACUGGGACAAGAAAACUUGCAAAAGACAAAAGAUGGAGUUUUUGUCUUUCAGUUGCAGAUAGUGAUAGGCUUACCACAGAAACCAGUGACAAGAGCUCUGGAAAUGCUGAAAUACCCCUUUCAGCUGAAAAUAGUCGGGUCCAAAUUAGUGCCCCUCAUGAGUCAGGACCUCAAACCACAGAGGCUUCUAAUGGCUCAGUGGUUUCUUCUGACCAGGAAGAAAAAACUUCAUCUCCUAACAAUGAAUCCAAACCAAAAAAAUCUCCAUUAACAGCGAGGGAGAAACUAAGAGCAGCUCGGGUUCUCAGUCGUUAUACCGAGUCCAAGCCUUCUAAAUCAGAUAUGGGAAGCAAAGUAUUAGAUGCUCUGAGAGAAAGUGAUCGUGGGAAGAAAAAGGGACUUCCGGAAGCACCUGGGAAUAUGUUUGAUGACAGUAAGCGAGGACUGCCAAAGCAAGGCUUCACUUUUGAGUUCCCAGGGGGUGCUGAUUUGUUUUUCAUCGUCUUCUCAUUUGUCUUUAUCAGUACAGUGAUGUUUGCUACAACAUACCUUGUGUGGAAAGUUGGUGCCAUCCAUUUUAAUGAAUACUAACAUGAACUGCAGUGCUGUUUUCGCAGUUUUGGACGACCCACUUUCUAAAUGUAUCCAUGUAAUAUUAUUUAUAAUAUCAAUUAUCUACAUUUUUGGAUACUUCAA